CCAAACUUUCUUUCCCUUAAGCUUUGCCUACUUGCUUACUAUAAACCCCCUCUUCUCCAGCACCACAAGCUCCUAAAUACUCCCUCUAUCAUACCCUCUACAACAACUAAGAAUCACUCAGUAGUACCAAGACUAAAUAAACCGACGAGAAAAAUGCCCGGCGUCACCGAAUUCAUCUUCUUCCACCUCAACCCCGCCGUCAAACCCGAAGACCCCACCAACAACGAAGCUGGCGCCUCUCUCCUACAGCUCUUCAAAAACACCAAACACCAAAACGGAUACCUGGGGUCCUCUUGGGGCCGCUCAACCGAAGAUGAGAAUGUGAUUGUUUGGGUGAUUGACUGGAAAGACGCCCAAACCGCCCCCACCCUCAUUCCCUCGCUAACACCGUACCUUGCGCCCUCCACCCCAUUAACAACCUUCUACGCGACUCUUUCCCCUGCCCCUCCCCCGCACCAAACCCACGAUCUGUCCUCCUCGCCCGUAACCGAGAUCUUCACGCCGUGGUUCCCAACCUCCAUGUCCGCGGAAGAGAAGAAGAACUUGCACGAGAGUCUCGUAGCGUUCCGGACGGAGCUGGUGGAGAAUCUCGAGGAAGGGAAACGGCCUCAGAGGCUUAUCAUGGGGCAGGUGGAACGGCCCGGGACGCGGAAGCACCGGGAUAGUCCGAGCGGGGAGGCGUUUGGGAUGGUGGUGUUGGCGGGGUGGGAGAGCGUGGAGGCGCAUAUAGAUAUUAAGGGGACGGAGGCGUUUGGAAGGGGGAUUGCGCCGAUUAGGGGGUGGAUGUUGAAGGGAGAUGGAGGGGAUGCGGAGAAGGGGGAGGGAGGGUUUGGAAUUAUGAGGCAUGUGAGGUUUCAGAGAGUGGAGUGAAUUGAUAUCAAUGGAUAGUAUGCUUUGUGUAUGUGUAGUGUGAGGAAUAU